AUGGCGAGACGAGCUCUCAAUGUUCAUCGCUCAGUUCGUCAUGGCGGUUACCUCACCAUUGUCGACGGAUUCACCCCUACGCGCCUAUCACCAUGGUGUUCCUUGUUCGCUGUAGCAGGUAAAACAGCAAUUUUGGAGGUUGAAACAAAAAGUUAUGAGAAAGAAUCUGGUGAUUUAUUAUGCAUGAACAGGUCCACUGUCUAUCUACGUGGUGCUGGUGGCUUCUCAAACUCGUCUAAACCAUUUUCUUACUCAAACUACCCCUUGAACCAGACUUCAGCUGUAAAAAUUCCUGAUAGUAAACCCUUUUCAGUGUUUGAAGAUCAUACCCAAGCAUCUCAGGCGUUGCUCUAUAGGCUAUCAGGUGACUACAAUCCUCUUCAUUCUGAUCCCAUGAUUGCAAAGGUUGCUGGGUUAGUACUCUCAUCCUGCUUUCUGAUGAAACUCCAACUAGAUUCCCUUUCCCCCCAUUCAAAGAUGUAUUCAUGUAUGCUUGUUGAAUUAGGUGAAAGAGAAUUUUCCCUCUUAUCAGCCUUGAAGCUUCUUUUUGUUUGAAGGAAGAAAAGAGGAUUGGUCAUAUGAAUUAAACAAUUGAAUUGGUGGUUACUAAGCAUUUUAAGAUUUUAAGCCAUCAGUGAUACAUC